AUGGCCGCGGAGGGCCUUCCCUUUGGCCAAGUUGCCACGCCAACCGAAAUGGAACAGGAUUUAACGGGUAUGUCGAGCUCCUCAAGCACCAUAUCCUACUACGAAAGUAUCUCUGAUGAUCAGGAUAUUAAUUCAGAGCCAUAUCAAAUGGUCCUGGGCCGAAAGAGACGCAAACCAUCUACUAGCUCCAACUGCAGCAGUAAGACAGUCAAAACCAUGACGGUGAUAAUCAAGCCCAAAGAUCCAUUAAGCAUGAUUGCAACAAUUAACCCGAUGAAGAUUACAGAGAAACUUGAAAUGACUGCUCCAGAUGGGUUCAUCUUGGUUAGGUCCAAUCGAAGUCUCAACGUGCUGGCUAUUGACACAAGAAACACUGAAGCCACGAAAGCGAUUCUUGGACUCACCUCAUUAGGUGGAAUUCCUGUCGUCGCUUAUGAACCACUUCCACUGGAAUUGGCGGCCGGAGUGAUCUACCAGGUACCAGUAGACGUUAACGAAGCCGAGCUACAAUCGGCAGUCCGUGCAACUGCACACGUCAUCUCCAUGUCUCGACUGGGUAAAUCUGAGUCUGUCAAAGUCGUCUUCAGCACGGACACACUACCAGAAUAUGUCACCGUGGGAUACACAAGGUUCAAGUUGCAGCCGUACAUAGAGAAACCACGUCAGUGCUGGAAAUGCGGUAGUUUUGGACAUGUCCAAACCGCCGGCACAAACGACGUGCGCUGCACUCGCAGUGGAGGAGCACACGACCGUAUGAAGUUUGAAGCGGCUGACCUGCUCUGCACAAAUUGCGGUAAAGCACAUGACUUGACAUCGCAUCUGUGCCCUGUGUACCAAAGGGAAAAGAAAAUAUAUCAGUACAAGAGCGAAGCUAAAGUUGGGUACACAACAGCAAAAGCGGCCCAACUGCCAUCGAAGGAGAAAGUGUCCCAAGGUCGCUCUAAAACAGAUGGUACAAAAACGAAACAAGACCUGGGAGCUCACCAACUUCUAUAG